AAAAAUGUGUGCACCAUUAUUGUUAGUGUAAAAAAAAUUCAUAAUUUAAUGCUGGCAUUCUCCUCUAAUCACAUGAUCAACAACCAUAUGAGAUGGACAAAAAGCACGUGCCGAUAAGAAUGAAUUUCCUUAUCAUUUUUGCAAAUUUAAAACUAUAAAAGGAAAGAAUUCUGUGGAUCCCAUGAUUUUUUUCAAUAACUUGUUGUUCAUUCAUCAAUUGUUAUUUGCCAACACAGGUAGUGAAGAGGGUGAUGACGGUUCAGAAUAUGUGUAUACAGAGGAAGAACUUGAGUAUGAUGUUGAACACUUACUGGAUGGACCUAAGCAAGAAUCGGACAAAAGAUGUGCCCGUAUUGUAAAAUAUCUCAAAGAUCUAAACUAUCAAACGCUGGGUAAGGAUCUAGAAAGAUGCAACAGGUACAUGAACGAGCAAAGAUUCAAUCACGAGUAUUCAAAGGCAAUACAAUUUGUCUACAAAGCAGAGAAGUUCAGCUUGUAUUUUUCUGCUCAACAGGAAGGUAAUGUAGAGCCAAGGGAGGGAUUGAAAGUUUUUAUUAAUGAAACGAAGAUUGAGAUGAUGAAAGGUGUUUUUAAAGAACUCGACCGUGUGUAUUUGACAGUUGUUGUUCGCAGUUCCUCACGAAAUUUAUCUGAUGUCGAUCUAGGUGACACAAUACAACAAUUUGAUUCCAUUACCGAUUUAUAUCUUCUAAAUUUGACACAUGAAUAUGCAAGUUGGGACUGUGUCUCUUAUAAUACAGUGCAAGAUUUUAUUAGUCUCGAAACGAUUCCAAGAUUACGUACACUUAAAGUGAAACAUAUGUUAGUUACGGAUGAAUUCUUAGAGAAAGUGAGUAAUAUGACACUAGAAAGUCUAUGGUUUACUGGAUGUGUUUUUCUCAUUUUCAAGGAUACUGUGCAACAAUUGAAAGAACUUAAGGUAACUUUUGCAAAGUCUUAUGAGACUAUCUGCUUCAGUAAGUGCUGGAGGAGUUCUUACUAUCCAUGUUAUCCGGUUAAUACAAAAAGUGUAAUAAUCAAAAUCAAUCUAAAUAAGUGCACAAAACUAUGCAAUCUGACGGUAAACAUGGAUAAAUAUGCGAGUGUUGUACUCAGUGACCAAAUAGUAAGUGAUCCACAGUAUUUAUCAUUAGGCGAGAAAUAUUGUGAACAGCUGCUUUCGUCUUCUCAGUGUUAUGGUGCUAGAUUAGAAUAUUUAGUAAUUAACACUUGGGAUUUAGAGAUUGCUAUUAAGUUUUUAAAGGAAAUUAACCGAAGCAAACUCAAGCAUUUAAUAUUGAUUUAUUUUAGUAUUAACCUAGCAUGGAAUGUUUGUAGAGUUUUCGAUAUAUUUCUCCUAGACUUUGCUGCUCUUGAAAUUCUAGAAAUUGAUGCUGGCGGUAAUGAUUUGGAGUUGAAGGAUAAAAGCACCAUUGAAGUAAAAAUGAAAAAAUUAGAAACACUGAGAAUAAAUUGCUGGUGUGUAGAUAAAGAAAUCAUGCAGAUGAUAACUGAACUGGAAAUGUUAAAACAUCUUGAAAUUCUUGUAAAAAGUUGGGAUGUCAAGUAUGAACUUUUACGAAGACAACUAAGCAGUUUAAAAGGUCCAAUAGAAAAACUCUUUGUUAAUUCUAAGCUGACCAUUAGUGAACUGGUAAGGUCAAUAGAACCUUUGAACAAGCUAAAAGAAUUUUAUGUGGACGGUAGAUCCAUUCGGUCGUCAUUUAAUAGCCUCACCAAUCGAAAUUAUGGUAUAUAUAAACCCGUGAAAAUCUGUUUAAACAAGCUGAAAAGAUUUGUUACAAACAGUAGAUUCAUUCGGUCAUCAUUUGAUAGCCUCACCAAUCGAAAUGAUGGUAAACACCAACCUGCAAAAGUUGAUGUGAACAAACGGAAUUUGGUGAAAAGUAAGAAUAUGGUGCAUCUAAAACUCCACACUCUUCAUAUUGGCAUAGAUUCAGCUUAUGAAGAACUAAUCGAACUUAUGUUGUGUCAAUAUUUUGAAGCUUUCGCAGGUAUUAAGAAACUGGUGAUAUUUGAAGCACCAACAGAUUCUUGGACAAGGUUAGAAAAAAUUCAAAAGUUAUCAGAAAUUUCGCCAGAUCAGCUAAAUAACUUGAUCGAAAAUAUUUUUGAGACGUUCAAACAGCUUGAUGUACUUGUGUUCUGUUAUAAAAGUUCCUACAUAUCUAGAGAAGAGGCGCAUAUUCUCCGUGAGUUUUUUUCGUCAAGAUGUAGAUCUCUUAAGGAACGAUGUGAGUGGUUAGAUAAGUGCAAUGAAGAACAAACCAUUUUCGAGCUUUAUAAAUAA